CGUUAGAUCUGCUGAACAUGUCCAGACGGAUGUUAGGCCGAUCCAGCCAGGAGCACUGAAGUCAGAUGGGCUUGGCCGAACAAUAACACAGUCAUUACUUGUUGACCUACUUAACUUUAUAUCCAAAAAUAAAUGCAGCUUUAUAUGUUUCUCCAUCUGCGCUUCUGCUGAGGUCGCUUCUACGGUAUCCCCGUCUUCAGUAUGGCAGGCUGUGGAGAAGUGGACUGUUCAGUGAAUGCCCUGGCUCCCUCCAAGCUGAUAGAGGAAAUAGGAGAUACUUGUGCUACAGAUCCUUUCAAUCCCACCACCGCCACCACCACCCCUGAGUGUGCCAUCUGCCUGCAGAGCUGCGUCCACCCUGUACGACUCCCAUGCUUCCACGUCUUCUGUUUCCUGUGUGUGAAAGGUGCCUCCUGGCAGAGCAAGCGCUGUGCUCUCUGCCGACAAGAAGUCCCAGAGGACUUCCUGGAGCGUCCGGUUCUUCUCUUGCCUGAAGAACUGAAAGCAGCAGCUGCAGGGGUGAGCCAGAGUGGAGGGACCCGUGGCGGUUCCCGUGGAGAUUAUGCAUGGUACUAUGAGGGGCGCAACGGCUGGUGGCAGUAUGAUGAAAGGACCAGCCGUGAGCUGGAGGAGGCUUUCGCCAAGGGCAGGAAGAGCACAGAGAUGCUGAUUGCAGGGUUUCUUUAUGUGGCCGACAUGGAGAACAUGGUGCAAUAUCGCCGCAAUGAGCAUGGCCGAAGACGCAAGAUAAAGCGGGACAUUGUAGAUAUCCCCAAGAAGGGUGUCGCAGGACUGAGGAUAGACCCUGAACCUGCCACCAUUCCUACUGUACCAGUUGUCACCCCAGCUGCAACCGAACGUGUCAGCUCAGCUGAUGGAUCAGACACUGAUGGCCAAUCACAGUCUUCAUUCUUUGGGAUAAUGGCAUCUCUUCCCCCUGUUAGACCUCCAACACUCCUGGGACGCCAUCUUACAAUCCCCCGCCCUCCCUCCCCCUUAAGCGUGGAGGAGUCUUUCUCCCAGCUCUUAAUCAGCCAGCCAGAGGGUGAAGAGGUGGAAGGAGAAGACGAGAUACAGACGUAUGAGUAUGCAUCUGGCAGCAGUGAGAGUGAGGAGGAAAGGCAGUGCGAGAGAGGGAGAGCAGAAUCGAUGCCACAGAGAAGACAUAGGCUAAGAGAGAGCCAGCCGGCUAGGAUGCCUCCAAGGGGCGGGCCCUCCAGCUCUGCACUCAGUCUCCGCUCACGUAGUCCAGAUGGUCAGUGCACUGUGACAGAAGUGUGACUGCUACGGGACAGUGAGAUCUGUUCUACAGAUGACAGUGCUUGAACUUGUAUCAGGUCUGCAAAAAAGUUUGAAAACCAUUAUGCAUCUUUAAAGGUCCCAUGAAAUGAAAAAUACAUUUGUUAUUUGUAUCACUGGGUGAUUGCCCCAUCAACGAUUUAUUUUUAUAACAAAAUGUAUUAUUUUUUUUUCGAAGAUCUCAUGCAAUGGAAUGUAAUCUUAGUUUUGUGUGGGAUCCAGAAACCGUUUGUUCAAAACCUGCAGGUCUAUAUGGGUAACUAGCAGUAGCUGCAAUAACAUGGCUCACAGCUAUGUAGUUGGAUGUUAGUUUGCAAAAAAAACACCAUCGACAGCUCUCUCCACUGUAAACCUAUAAUAACUUGACACAUGGGAUGAACUCAUGUACAUCUUUAAUGUCCUCCACCCAAUAUUGUUUUUCAUGCAGAAAUGCUGAAACACUUACAACUACAGAUGCAAAAUUCUGGGAAUAUUGAAGUUGAAAACUUGACAUGGGAAUUAACUCUAGUAAUAUAAUUUAAAGCUUACAUGAAAGCAUGUGACUACAUGCUCAGACAGUGCAGUAGUGUGGGCUGCACGUGUGAUGGCAGAAUGCCCUGUGCAUGCAGAGGGUUUCACCGAAUUCUUAUUUAAUGGGAUGCUGGCAAAUAAAAUGAUCUGUACAUGGUGCAAUUUCAUGAAAUGGGCAUACUUUCAAUCAAAACUUGCUAAAAAACUUACUAUUGCUUUUUUUUGUGCAUUUCCCCCAAAAAUAAGUUCAUUUUUAAAAUGUAUGGAUUUUGUAUUCAAUAUAUUCCCAAGCUUAACUUCCCUUGGAAAAAGACCUGGACAUUUACCGACCCUCUACAACCCCAGUUACAACGUUAAAGCCAUUUCAAGGGACCUCAACACAUAAAUUAAAGCCUUUUGUUGAAGACUCCAAAAGCAAUAUACUGUAUACCAGUCCCUCCAGAAAAAACGCGAUUAUGCGAUCGCAUAAUUCAAUGCAUAAUCAGCCAGUCUGCAUAUUUAUGCGGGGGCCGC